UGUCUGAGCUGAGGUACGUGGAGUUUGCUGAGGGGUUGGCCAUGAACCUGACAUCGCUAAGGAAAGGUCGGCUGCGUUGUUUCGGAAACUGAAAGGAGCAGCAUAGCCACGUCCAGAAACAGCUAGAGGACAUGUACCGGCAAGAGGUGGACGUUGAGAUCAAACUGCGCUCCUGUCAGGGAUCAUGCAACAGGCCCGUUGCUUUCCGUAUCGACCACGACGGCUACAGAUCGCUAGACGAUCAGAUGACCCUGUUCAGUAACACUGCCAAGCAUCAGACGAGCUCUCCUCUCAAUAAGGACAUCGCUAAGAUCAAACUACAGCCAGUGGAUGUCGGUCCCCCACCGUCCCCCGCCUAUAAAACCAUCCCCAUGGUGCAGAAGGAACUCCUGACUCAYUUUGAGGAUCUAGAACAGAACCAUGUGGUUCUAGAAGAGGUUCUAGAAGAAACGGAAUGCCUGGGUUCUGAACGGGAGAGGAGGGAGGAGAAGCAGGUGUUCUAGAAUGUAAAUUAUCAUCUUAGAUAGAGAUGCCUCUCUGUGAUAUCUUGGUUCGGGUCUGAUGCAUAUGUUAUUAUAAACAUAUUCGGUUGUAUUUGAACCUUUUAACUUAUAAUAAAGGACUGCUGUUUUAUUAACAUAAACUAUCAUUAUAUACAGUCAUAGCCAUGGGAAGUAGGGGCGUUGAGGGUGCCUCACUGAGGUUAUACUACUGACUCCUGAGUGGCGCAGGGGGCUAAGACACUGCAUCUCAGUACAAGAGGCAUCGCUGCAGACACCCUGGUUCGAAUUCAGGCUGCGUCACAUCCGGCUGUGAUUGGGAUACCCAUAGGGACAAGUGGCCCGGGGUAGGCUGUCAUUGUAAAUAAGAAUUUGUUCUUAACUGACUUGCCCUGUUAAAUAAAACAAAUAUUACUCUUGACAGAGAAGAUAAAAAUAGGCAUUAGUGAAAAUAUUGUGUCAGCACUCCCUUGACGAAGAGAUCCCCACCAGCACUAAACAUCUUCCUGCGGCCAGGUCUAUAUGUAUAUUAUUAUAUACCUCUGCAUUGUUGAAUACUCCUUUCUUAUUGGCUAGAAAGGCAUUCUAGAAUGUACAUUAUACCAGAUAACGGGACAGUUGGAAAAGAUAUCGGGACAUCUUGCGAUCAUGACGCAAUAUGGCCCUGCACUUGCAGACCGUACAUUCUACAAAGUUACAGAAAGAUAAACCAACAACCACACAAACUGAAGUUGGAAACAUUGUAAACGCAGGUCCAACGAGGAACAAAAUGUAGCCUAGCUAGCUAGCAUUUUAUUAUUCUGGAGCCUCUGAUGACAUCGUGGUGACGAACAGGAAUUCCUGAAGGCCCCUCUGGUGCUAUGCUGUCAAAUCCUCCCUCAUGUUUCUAGUUUAGU